CCCGCGGGAUAAUAUGAAUUUCUCUUCUGUAAUCUGUUUGUGUUUUCUCCGUGUGUUUGAUGUUCGGCUUUUCCGCCGGAAUUGUGCCCUUAUAUGGGGAAUUAAGGGCGUUUACCUAUGCAAAUUACAGAAUUAAGGGUGUUUACAUAUGCAUAUUGUGGAAAUAAGGGCGUGUUUAUAUGCAAAUUAUGAUAGACACGCACGUGCUAACCAUUUGGCAUUCAGCAACUUAAGAACAGCAGCUGGGAACAAUUUGGGUGUUUAAGAACACGCCAUGAAUUUGAAUGGACUCCUCUUAGGAAAUCACUUAGGAAGAAAGAUAAGAGGAAAAGUUAGGAACUUAUUGCUGAAUGGGGCCCAAUGUUUUUUGGUGCUAAUCAGAGAUAUUGGCGGUUAUUUGCUUUGAAUCAAUUAAUUGCCAUCAAUUAAUUGAUUUUUAAAUGUCAGUAUUGAUUGAAUAGAGACAGUUUAUUGGCGCUUCUGCAAACGGUAUACAGUCCCACACAGCAGAAGACUGCUAUACGGAUCCGCCUUCAAGUCGCCCAACCCGCGUUACUGUCACAUUCGUUUUGGCUUCGCCUAGAGGAUACAGCUCCGCCUCUGAAAAUUGUACGGUCAGACAGCUGAUCCUGAGCGGACUCGUGUCUGAUUCGCAUACGCGGACGCGACAAACUAAACCGGCGCGCGCCGCCUAGAGUUAUAGGCUCCGCCUACGCGCGCUGAGCCGACCAAUGUCUGCACCCGCAGACGUGGACGCGCCUACUAGCGUGUACGCGCAUGAGCCAAGAUCUCUGGACUUUCUUUGCUGGAACACGAACCUCCACCGUCUCGCCGAGUGCCAGCAAGAGUCAUGAGUACUUGUCAACUCGACUCCUCAACUGGAGAUAACUUUCUAGCACCUCACCAUGGGGAAGGAUGUAUUCAUAUGCCUUCACCAGCACCUGCAUUAAACAUGCAGAGAGUUACACAAGUUCUUACCACCUUGGGGCACCAUUCAGACAACUACAAAGACGCAUUAAAAAUAAUGCAACAAUAUGGAAAGGGCUGCGACACCUCAGACCUGCAAUCUGAGGCAGAGAACGAGGAGCUGCCAGAAAAAAGGAACAGGAAGCCAGUCCAUCGUCUCGGGGACUCAGAUGAUAGCGAAGAAGACCCGGGAAAUAGUGACCUCACAUCUCUGGGGUUGGCAAGCCAAUUGCACAGGCAGACUCCACCAUCUCGCCGAGUGCCAGCAAGAGUCAUAUACAGCAAAAACACUCCGCGGCGGAUCCCCCGCGCAGGUAUCGCGCUUUCCGGAACGGAACCGCGAAACGGACCAGUAUCGGCGUCCAUUUGCACUCAGGAACGUAUCCGCCACGGCGGCAGGUAGCGGAUCCGCCGUGGCGGCGCGCUGCAUCCACUCCGCACCCAAGAUCAAAGCCUAACCUCCCGCCGCGGACCAGCAACGGACUCAUAAAAACCCUGGCUCAUCUGGCCGUUUUGGACCCCUUUAUCUUAUUUUCAAAAUCCCUUCUGUUCUUGCUGUAGGAUAAAAUAGGAAACUAAAAAAUUCACUAAGCCCUACUACAGCAAUAUAGGCUUACAUAUGCAUUGCCUUGUAUUUUUAAACUAACAAUAUUGUCAAUAGGAAGAAACAGAAAAUGGUCAAUUCACUCUAUAAAGUAAAUAUAUAUAAUAUAUAUUUAAAAAGUAAAUAU